AUGGAGUUGACAGCAAAACCAUUCUACGGCUCUUUGCAGAGAUACUGGAGAAGGAGAAGAUAUCAAAGACUCAACGGCGAAGCCACAAUCAGAAAGAAUGUUAGACUGGCAAGGUUCCAUGGCGGCUCGUCUUCACGCAGGUUUUGGAGGAUCAAACUAGUGCCAAAGCUCAGGUUAAAAGUCGUUCGUUCAGUUGCUUCAAAACCCUUCAAGCUUUGGAGAAUUUUGAAGAAUGGUUAUGUGGGCAUGAUGAUAAAUUUUUCUGGGAAAGUGGGGUUCUUGAAUAACGAAGAUCGUUUUGCAAGAAAAGGGAUUACUAAUACUAAACCUGGGAAAAAUGGUGUUGUUUAUUCCUAUGACGAAGUUGAGAAUCGGGUUAUCUAUGAGCUUUACCAGGUCUUAAUGGCCACAGGAAAAUUAUCUACAGUUUUAAAUCAGUUACAGUGA